AUGGUAAAAUGGGCCAUUGAAUUGGGCGAAUAUGAUGUGAUGUUCGAGCCCCGUACAACCAUUAAGGCGCAGGCCUUGGCUGACUUUAUCCAAGAGACCACGAGAUGGCCGUUGCGAGGACCAUGGACGGCGCAGGUUGACGGCUCCGUCACCAAGGAGGGGUGUGGAGUCGGAAUAUAUAUCGAAUCACCAGAAGAUGGAGCCUACCAGUUUGUGAUCAAGUUCGAGGACAAGAUGUCAAACAAUGAGACGGAAUAUGAGGCAGUGAUAAGGGCCGCCCACAUCUUGAAGGAGCUCAGAGCAGAUACAGCCAUAAUCAAGACCGAUUCCCAACUGGUAGCCCAGCAGCUGAGAGGUGAAUGUGAGGUUCGAGAUGACAGAAUGAGAGCUUAUUAUGAUCAAAUGCAACAACUCAAGGAAAAAUUUGAAGAACUGGAAAUAGUACAAGUACCCCGAGAAGAAAAUCGAAGGGCUGAUCUGCUAGCAAGGAUGGCCAGCGCCGUCGAUCAAUCAUGGAACAAUGAAGUCAUGCUCCUAUUCGAGCCAAAGAGGAGUCCAGAAGUCCAAGUCUGCGCUGUCGAAGCGGUGAAUGAUUGGCGAGCCCCAAUAAUUCAUUUCUUACGAACAGGGGAAAGAAUGGAGGGAGACACAGCAAAGUACGCUAGAUAUGAGAAUUUUUGCUUGAUCAGCAACCAGUUUUAUAAGAGAUCUUUCACACAUCCGUUCCUCAAAUGUUUAUCGUCGCAAGAGGCAGAGUUUGCUCUAAAGGAAAUCCAUCAGGGAUGCUGUGGGAACCACGCGGGAUACAAAGACUCGACCAGAAAAAUCAUCAGAGCAGGUUUUUAUUGGCCUGGCAUCGACAGGGAUACCAAAGCUUAUGUAAAGAAGUGUGCACCUUGCCAGAGACAUGCGCCAAGAAUCAACGUCCCAGGGGAAGAAAUGGGGAUAAUGUACUCAGCACAUCCCUUCGACAAAUGGGGAAUUGAUAUCGUGGGCAAACUACCGACGGCACCGGGGGGAAAAUGCUUCCUGAUAGUGGCAGUGGAUUAUUUUUCGAAAUGGGUGGAAGCAGAGGCUGUAACAAAAGUGGACGAGGCCACCAUCGAAAAGUUCAUCUGGAAAAACAUCUGUUGCAGAUAUGGGGUGCCCAGAGUUCUAAUAUCAGAUAACGGAACCCAGUUCACUAGCCACAAAAUUGAAGAUUUUUGUUCAAGAAUGGACAUCGAGCAAAGAUUCGUCUCAGUAGCCCAUCCCCAAGCCAAUGGUCAAGUCGAGCUGGCUAAUCGCACUAUCUGCGAGGGCAUCAAGAAAAGAUUGGAAAGAAGCAGAUGA